AUGAGUACAGACCCAGCCUCGCUCUCGAUCGACGCCGAGGCCGACGGCCAGGAUUGGCCUAGCUUUGUCCUUCCCAGCAACUCGUCUCCAGGUAUCCCACUCGUUGGCACGAACAGCAAUGCAUCACACUCAGCCAACCUUUCAAUCUCGUCUCCUAGAUCCCCGUUGGCGGCCGAAAGCAAGCGAAAGAGCACCAGGGUAGCGAAUCUGCUAGCUCUCACAGAGCUGCGAAAGGCAACAUGGGCACGAAUCUACGCUAGCGGACUGAGCACAGGCGAUGCAGACAUCACGACAAGCCGCGUUCCGACUUGGAAGCAAUUCGAUGCAGUGAUGAUCAAGCGUCAUCGCUUCAUUGCAGUUGAUCCAAGAGAUAACAGGACCAUGGGAUGGAUUGCCUGCUUUUACCCCUAUCCGCAGCUGGAGCCAUUCUACAGUGAAGACGAGGCUGUCUCUGAUGUGGGACUGGCGGAGGAAGAAGAUGUCAGGCAAGGACGGAUGGUAGAGCUGCAAGUCAUGGUAGCGGAGACGGAAAGGGGCAGAGGCGUAGGUACCUUCCUGGUCAAGGCAGUGCUGGCUUCACUCGAGACAGACUGGCGAUACUCGACGGUGCAGGCAAGCUGCUUCCCCGAGAACGAGGCUUGUCGGAAACUGUUGGAGCGGUGCGAAUUUCAGAGCGUCUCGACGAGGAGUAAAGUGGUCAAGAUGAUCGACGGCCCCAGAAAAGGCGAUUGGAGAGAUCUUGUCACCUUUGAAUUCAAGCUGCCACCAAUACCGCCGUCGAAGCGACAGCAGCAGCAACCGCCACCGCCACUUCAGCAAGAGCAUCCACUUUGGACUGCACCGGUCAUAAAUCUGACAAUCGAUCCAAAGGCGUUGUUCAAACGACCACGACUCGGAUGA